GCGGGUAGCGGCCGCUGCUCCGGCUGACCGCGCGGGGAGUCCCCGUCUCUCCGCUCGCGGCGCGCUCGCCUCGCUCCCCGCCGUUCGGAUCCGUUUCCCUUCUCCGGAGCACAGGCCGCGAUAUAUUUUUGCCAUCAUGGAUCGGUUCGGAGAUUUAUCAGAUGGUGAAGUGGAUCAUUCUUUCUUUGACAGUGACUUUGAAGAAGCAAAAAAAUGCGACAGUAAUUCAGUUUUUAGCAAGCAAAAUGAUGAACAGAAAGAGAAAUUAGAAAAAGAUACAGACAGUGUAAACCUGAAAUUUGGAGUACAAAAAAAGGGAAAUUAUCUUACUGACAAAGGAAAUGAAAGAAAGGAGAAAACCCCUCUAGAAGAACACCCUGUGGAAAAUGAUAGCAUGCACACCAGAAAUUCUUCACCAUUGUCUACUUCUUCAAGAUCAAAAAAAUUGAAUGAUGCUACAAAAGAACACAAAAUACACUUGCCCGUACCAAACAGAAUUCCAAAAAUUGUAAAAGACGUUAAAGGUGAUUCCUGUACAGAUGAAGAGGAAAGCAGUGAUGAUGGUAAAAAGCAUCAUGGCCGUUCCAAGUCAGCUAAACCAUCGAAUAACUUUAAAAAAAGUGUAAGUAAAAAGUAUCCCAAAAGUAGCUCCUCUUCCUCUUUGUCGUCAUCAUCUUCAAGUUCAGAUUCAGAUUGUUCCAAUGCAGGGUCUGAUGCAUCUGAUUCUCCACUGUCAUUAAAGAAGCAUGUAUCUGGUAUAACCCACUUGUCUCCAAAACAGAAAUAUAAACCAGGGAUAAAAUCAACAGGAACACAACCUUCAAAUACUAAACCAAGAGCCAAUGACUUCAUGGAGGAAUCUGAAGACACAGUGACAGAUGUAACUCCUUUAUCAACUCCAGACAUCAGCCCUGUUCAGUCUUUUGAGCUGGGAGCAUCAAAUGACCAAAAAGUGAAAGUUAAGAAGCAAGAAAAUGUAAGUCAAGAAGUGUAUGGAAAUGUUGAGGAUUUAAAAAGUAAUUCAAAAUCUUUGAAAUCAGCCAAAAAAGGAAAAGAAAAACACGGACCCAAUCUCACAUCAAAAGCUGCAAUGUUAGAUUCCAAUUUAGACCAGAGAUAUAAACAAAAGGUCUUACAUGACACAAUGGACCUGAAUCAUCUUCUGAAAGCUUUUCUGCAAUUAGAUAAAAAGGGACCACAAAAACCUCACUUUGAUCAGCCUUCAGUUGCACCUAGGAGAAACUACUCUUUCACAAGAGAGGAAGUGAGGCAGAUUGAUCGGGAAAAUCAGAGGCUUUUGAAAGAACUGUCAAGACAGGCUGAUAAACCCGGGAACAAAAGUACAAUUCCUAGAAGAUCUGUUGGUCCUCCCCCCAAAUUAUAUCAUAGUGCUCUCAACAGACAAAGGGAACAGCAGAGAAUUGAAAGAGAAAAUUUGGCUUUAUUGAAAAGGCUUGAAGCUGUAAAACCAACAGUUGGAAUGAAACGAUCAGAACAACUGAUGGAUUAUCACCGCAAUAUGGGUUAUCUCAACUCAUUGCCGACCUCCAGACGCGUGAGGUCGACUCUUGGCCAGUAUAGCCCAUUAAGAGGAGCUUCCAGGACGUCCAGUGCUACCAGCGGUCUCAGUUGUAAGAGUGAACGGUUGGCCUUUGAUGCACCCAAUGGCCUGUUGCUAAGACCGAAGCCACCUAAUGUCCGUACGGCUUGGUUAUAAAGACUUUUUACUACAAAAAUUGUUUACCCAACUCUUACUGAAGUAAUAUACUCUUGUAUAUUACUAUAAUUCUCUGUGUAACCAUCUGUGAUACUAUUUUAAGCAAUUCAAAGUAUGCAACAAUGAGUUUUAAUUUAUUGUGAUUCAAUGCAAAAAAAAGUCUUUAAAUGACAAUGUAAAAUCAGUGUUUCCUGUGAGGAUAUGUGCUUAUGUGCAAUGUUUAUGUACUUAAUUGGAGAACUGGUAGUAUGCAUGUUUAUUUUCGCAACAUAAAUUAUUCAUUCAGCUGUUGUGUUGACAAAACCGUGUGACAGUAUCACUGCACAUUGACCCAAGACAUGGACUAUGUGGUUUCCAUUAUAUAUAUUUCUUUUCAUUUCUUUUAUACUUUAAACCACAAGCGUAACUCCUAGAUGUGACUGCUUUGUUUUCUAUUUGCUUCAGAAGUUAGGUAGUGUGACUCAUAACUUGAUGGUGAGAUAGUUACACUUUCUUAUUAUGAAAUGAAUCUUGGAAUUUGUUUUCAUUGGUGGAGCUGAUUGAUAUUUGAAGAGCAGAUUGAGAGAAGUUGGUCCUGGGGCAGUCCUUGUUAAUCACUUGAGGCCUCUACUAUCUCUGUAGAAGUGUGCCGAGUAAGAACUUAAAAUUUUCAUCAAUCAUUCCAAACCAUUUUAUUCUCUGAGGCUUAGAAAGUUCAAUGAGAUACUCAUUUUCUGUGUUUUUAUAAAUUCAAGUAAAACACUACUAUUGAUCUUGAGAAAAGAGGUGGGCAUUAGAGUUAGAAUCUACUGUGUUGUGACUAGUUUGCCCAAGGAGACCACAUGAUUAUAAGCAAAAACAAGUUAUUUGUUUAAUCAGAAAAAUUAUGCCACCUGUUAGAAGAACCAAGAAGGCAGAUGUUGAGUGUUUUAAGUAAAAGUAAACACAUCAGUGUUUUAAGUAAAGCUGUUGGCAAGUUGUUUUAUGGAGUAUUUACUGUAUUAGGUGAGAUGAUAAUUAUACUUAACAAUUCCAGUUAAUGUUUUCAAGGGCUGAAAAAGAAAACAAAUAUAUGAAUGAUAAAGGAAAGAAAUCUAUACAUUCGUUGAAACUUCUGCUUUAAAUGUCACCUAAUUGUCCUGUUUUAUUUUGGGCUUUGGGUUAAAUCCUAGACCUAUCUGUUAUUCCACCAGUUCCAGUUUUAAAGGUCUAGUGCAAUUGGUAAUAGCAAAUGUGAUGUUAUAGUUAACUUUUGAACACAGAGUAUUUUUCUGGACCAUUUUUAUAUUUUUUAAACAGCAGUGUGUCUCAGUCAUGGUUGUUCUGCUAUUGUUCAUUAUUGGUCUUUUCAGUGCAACCUUGACUGUGUUGGUAAGUUUCCCUAUCAAAUGCCAAAUCUUUCCUUUUUUAAUAAGAGUUUUUGAUUUGUAGCCCCAGUAGGGAGUCUGCUUUCUGUGUGGCCACAGGCUCUGUAGCCUAAGUGCUGCACUGACUUUUCUCAGCACCUUUGGCAGUGAGCCUAAGCUUCAUUUUCCUAAACAUCAUUUCAAAAUUUCUUGGUCUUAGUUUAUAAUGGUAGAUUUGUUUAGGAUAGAAUGUCAAGCAUGGGAGCAGCCACCCUUAAAAGAAUUCAGAUAAAUACAGCUUGUGAGAUUUUUUGCUUGCUUUAGGCUGUUGUGUUCAUUUGAUGUUAUUUAAUGCUCUCUUCUAAUGAACAAGUGUUUGCGUCAUUUAGUGCUCGGCUUUAUGGGUAAACUUAAGUAUACUAAAUGAAGUUCGUUGUUGUUUUAGCUUACUGCAACUUUUAAUUUUAUAUCACAGUUAUUUUUAAGGAGAAAGAACAUUGAAUUGCAAAGUUGGCAUCUGGACAUGUGCCCAGUAGUGAGCUGGCCAAUUUUAAAAAUUGCUGCUGUCAGAAAAUAUGUAUGAAACCUUUUAUGUUCACUAUGGCAUUAGGCUCUCAGAGGACAUGUUAUAUGGACUCUGCUGCUGCAUGUCAAGAUACAAUAUAUAAUUCUGUAGAUAAAGCUACAUUUAGGUACUGACUUAGUGCUUUUAGUUUUUGCUACUUUGAAAAGAGAAAUUUAAGUAUUAACUGAUUACAGGGUUUCAACUAAGUCAGGAAGAACAACAGUCUUUGCAGGCAGGCUUACAAUUCCCUUGUCAUGACUUAUAGAUGAUAAACAUAAUUGGAAGAGACAAGAGUUGAAAAGUGUGAUAUUCUCUGCCCUAAGCAAGGUACUUUGAAGUUGUUAUGGUUUAAGGACAUUUUCGAGAAAGAAUCGUAAGUUUACUAUUUUCACUUGCAAAAACAUAAAGUGAAGGAUGAUGUAGCAUUUUAUAUUUGGUUCACUUGUACCCACUACAUAUACUUUGAAGAUGUAUAUCACAGCUAGAAAUUAUAUUCUGAGUCUAAAAUUACUAGUCAAGGUUCUUUUUACAUCUUUGUCAAAAGUUACUGUCUCAUUUUUAAUAAGAUCAUCGAUGAAAGAUUAUAGAUUUUUCAAAUUAUUUUCUAAGGGGUAGCUUUAUCUCAUGCUUUCCCUACUUUCGUUUUCUAGUAGCCACAACAAAAUGCUUUCAUGACAUCUUUGUCAAAGAUUUUUUUCUGGUUUGCUUAUAAGUGUAGUGUAAUGACUUGUUUUCGACUCAUUAACCCAAACAUUCAAAAUGGAUAUAUAGACAGCUUUAAAAAGAGGUCAUUGUGAUGAAUAAUUUUGUGCUUCUCUUCAAAUUUUAUACUGCACAUGAUAAGUAUUGUGACCAAUGUAAAGUUGGAGACACAAGUUUAUUUCUUUAUUUUUCUAGUUAAAUUCAUAAAAUGUUAAAAUCUUAAAUGCCAAAGCCUUAACCUGUAAAUGUGUAUCAUCCUCCAAAGUGUAUUUAAUGCUAAUGGCUACUUUAUUUCUAUGAAUAAAGAUUAGUUUCAAACAAAAAUCAAUAUAAUUUUAAUUCCCCAAUUCAUUGGAAUGUAUUUAGGUAUAAAGAACUGCUUGGCAUAGUAAAGAAAUAAAAGAAUUAAAGUUAACUGAAUUGUGUUCUUAUGUCUGGGUCUCAAGUAC